CCUGUUGUAGGAGCUUGUUCAGGCAUACGAAAAUUGUCCACCUGCUGCUGUCGGUCUUGCCGAUUUCAUUUGCCCGAAGCAACUGUCAUCCCAAAAGCCCCGUGAGGAGGGGCUGAAAAACGAUCGAUAGCAUGCCUUUCGCCCCCUACUUGUCUUGCCGUAAAUAUCACCCGUGCGCUUUUUUUAGCCCCCACAUGAGUCAGAAGCGAAGCAACUCCAGCUCAAGUCAGUCAGUUUGCUGUGCCCUGCGUCAGUAUCCUGACAGAACAUUUAACAUCCUUUUGACAGAAUUUGAAUCGAGAACGCAACCAGAGAUGUCCAACAGAGAUACUGAGGAUGUCAAUGAAGAGGACAUUGAUGAGGAUGAAAUCCUUGCUAUGCUCUCGCCCGAGGAGCUUAAGGAGCUCCAGAGUGAAAUGGAUAUUAUGAUUGCUCCAGAUGAUAGCGUUCCAGUUGGACAGAGGCAGAAGGACCAGACAGAGAAGCCGCCGACUGGAACCUUUGACCACAGAUCCUUGGUCGGCUACCUCUACUGGGAAAAGGAAUCCAAACGUAUGCUUGAGGAAGAAAGAGUGCCGGCUACUCUGCUUGCCAGUGAGAAAACAGUGAGGCAGGAGGCCGAAGAGAAAGGAGAAGUCAACACUGUGGAAGAUGGGCACGAUGACGUGAAUGAGGAAGUCAUUGAGGAAAAAGCUAAAGACGGUUCGAGAGAAAGGCAAAUAUUUGAUGAAGCAAUCGAGGGAACCGUGAAGAAGGAAAUCGUCAACAGGGUAAAAGAGGGCAAUGGCCCAGACAAAGAGGUCCAUGAGAAAGAAAAAAAGAUUAAUCCAAAUAAACACGAAAAUACGAGGACACAACCGGACAGCACAGAGGAGGAAGCAGCAGACUGGAAAGACGGAACGGCAGAAGUUCAAGAGGACAGUAAAAUGAGGGAGUUUUUGCCUCCUCAAGACUUAAUCGCAGAUGCAAAGACAAGGGAGCCCGACGACAAACCCCAGCAGAAAGAGGGGACAAAAAUCAACAAAUUAAAAAUCCCCAAGCUGGCACUGAACAACAUCAAAAUGACAUCUCGACCAUCAGGAAAUGAGACAAACUUGGAGUCGACACUUGACAAGAUCCGGAACAACAACUCGUCUGUCACUGAGGUCAAUCUCAACAACAUCGAAAACAUUCCCAAAGAGAUGCUCCUGGACUAUGUCAACGCCUUGAAGAAGAACAAACACGUGAAAACGUUCAGCAUCGCAAACACGGGUGUGGAUGAAAACAUUGCGUUCAACUUGGCCAACAUGUUACGCGAGAAUCGCAGCAUCACAACGCUCAACAUCGAGUCCAACUUCAUCACGGGAAAGGGAAUCGUGGCCAUCAUUCGAUGCCUCCAGUUCAACGAGACCCUCGCCGAGCUGCGAUUUCACAAUCAAAGACACAUGCUGGGUCAUCAUGCCGAAAUGGAGAUCUCGCGCCUGCUCAAGGCCAACAACACCCUCCUGAAGUUGGGCUACCAUUUUGAACAGCCAGGGCCAAGGAUGGUGGUGACUAAUCUCUUAACCAGGAAUCUGGACCGCCAGAGGCAACUGAGAAAAGAAGAGCAGAAGCAGCAGCAGCUGAAGGAGCAGAGGGAGGUCAUGCAGAUGUACGAGAGUAGUCUCAACCUGCCUCCGGGUUUACUCCAGAUGCUGGGGUACAUGCCGCCUCUGGAACUCCUGCAGAAACAUGGGCUUGUUGCGCCCCCAAAAGAACUGAAUCGUGCGCCCCCAAAAGAAGAUGGGGGAGAAAGAGAAGAAGAACCCGGGCCCCCAAAGCAGCUCAAGCACAAGAGAAUUCCCAGACAACCAAGUGCCGAGCCCCAAAACCCACUGAGGGACGUCCGGCUGAAGAAAACGCCGAAGAAACGCGACCACUUUCAGGAGCUGGACCGCAGGGAAGCCAGUCGACAAGAGCGAGCGGCUUUCCAACUGAGGAAGGCUCCCAAAGUGAAAGAGUCGCUCACACAAGCGGCGGCGGAUGAAAAAGCAAACCUGAAGGAUGUCAUUAAGACUUUGAAACCGGUCCCUCGCAGGCGAGUGCCACCGAAGGUUGAUCCCACACCCCGCGAUGAGCUCCUCAAUGAGAUCAAGAAGAGUAGCGUGGCCUAUCUUAAAUCUGUGCCACUCCCUAAAGCCCUGGAAUCAAGUGAAACAAGUCUCACCCAAGGCACUGACUUUUCUUGAUAUGUGUUUGACACCUACUGGAUUUGGGAAAAUGAAGUGUCCACUGAGAAAGAACCACGUGUUCACACACAUAGCGGCUGGCUGUUGUUCAAACCAUGUUUUACAAAAGCCAAUGUGUGGUAUGUACAGUUGAAACCAAUCAUUGGGGAAAAAAUGAUGGAAUCAUUUGCUGACGAUCAAA